AAACGUCACUAUCCGAGAGACGUGACUCAGCUUCGAACAACCGUCUUCGGCCGAAUCCGUUUGUAACUUAUGACAGCUGGAUUACAGGCGCACGCCACAACGCCAGGUAUAUUACUUCUGCUUUAUAGGCGCCUUGACCAUACCCAUUGGAUGGGUAAUAUGCAGGAUAUAAAAUGUCGCUAUUAUUAUAUAUUUACUUGAUUUAUUUUCUCUCUGCAUUAAGAUGAUGACAACUGUGAACUAUAAUCUGGUGGUCUUCAUCUUAACGAUGCUCAAUUCUAUGCUUGGUUGUGUGCACGCUAGGCCUAAUCACGCGGAUGGUAUAGAGAGUGAUCUUGUGCCACAAGUCGCUACAACCCGGGCUACAACAAAGAUGUCACUGGAUGAUGGCCUCCCAAUGGACUUCGAACCCACCCCUAUUUUUAACGAAGAUGCUGAAAAUUUUUGGGAAAGCUGCAAGUUUCCUCGGUGCGUUUUUAUGGAUGAGGAGACGGGUUCGGCCCGAGUAUCGUGUCGCAGUUUCAGGAACACGACACGAAAGCGGAUAUAUAAAGUUUUCGUUGAGCCCUAUUGUUAUGAUGCUCUUGUGACUGAUGUAGAGACUGGGACGAAAGUGAUGAUACAAGAUGGUCUUACCAGGGAAUAUGCUUUACAGGAAGCCAUCAAAGCAUUGAUUAAAUGGCUGAUAUCUUCAGGGCACAUGACAGAGUCCACUUCCUGUUUGGUGCCAGCUUAUUCCUCCCCACUCGUGCUAAUCCAAGGUAGUUGUCCUCCGGGAACAGGUAUCAAGUGUGAUACCGUAUGCGAGUUUGCCUGCAGUGGUGCUAGCUAUACCAUGGUUGGAAAUCCUACCAUUAAAUGCAAGCCAAAUACGACUCUCUCCGAUGUCUUCCCUCGUUGCCAAGCAAAGAAACUACCAACCACGACUACUAAAACAGCAUCUUCGACAAAGCAUGUGCCUGAUACGACGACUACUUCACCACCCUCGACAACAAAGAAAAGUCCGUCCACAAAGAGGAUGAAUUCUUCCACAACGGAGAAUGCUCUCACAACGGGAAAUCAGACGACAGCGCAAAGUCCUCCAACGACAAAGAAUCCUUUGACACUGGAGGGUUCAUCGACAAAGAAGGGUUCUGGGACCAGUGAGGGUCCUACCACCAAGGACAACCCUACCACAAAGAUAAGACCUAGUCCUACCACACCAAGGAGACCUAUAACACUGAGUCAUUCCACUCCGAAGACAGUGCCUUCUACUUCCGCUCUUCCUCAAACAUCACGUACAUUCAGGAAGUUUGGAUUUAUUGGCAUCUUAGGCGUUCCCCUACUCCUUCUGCCAGUAAUUUACAUCAUCUAUAAAUUACGUCACAGACAUGACAAACAACAGUACCGUGUUCUUGAUGAAAACACAGUUGAAGACGAUAUUGUUGAUAUUCCUCCUGAUGCUGAUGGGUUGUAUAAAGACAUGCACAUCUCUCCAGCCCUUCCAACCGAUCAACAACUCAACCGGGAAGAGUGUUACCCGAUGGAUCAGCGCAAUAAGGGUCUGGUCUUCAUUUUGAACAACUACCGUUUUGGUCCUGAUCGAACGACUGAAAGAACUGGGUCUGAUGUUGACUUAGCCAAUGUGAAACAUGUCUUCACCGAGAUUGGCUAUACGGCAGACGAAUCUCAAAAUCUCACUGCUCAGGGGAUCAGACAGAAGCUGAAGAGCUUAACCCGGAAGAUCUUAACUUCUCAUACUUCGGUGGUCCUAGUCUUCAUGAGUCACGGAAAGAAGGAAGGUAUCCAAGGUACCGAUGAGGGGGUUGUGACCGUUGAGGAAAUCAAGGAUAUGUUCUCUGGGAACAACUGCCCAGCCCUUAUUGGGAAACCAAAGAUCAUGAUCUUCCAGGCUUGCCGAGGAGAAAAAAUAACGCCGAGUGCUCCAUCUCUCUCCACCUCCGCAGUGGAUAAUGAAAUAUGUGCAGACUUUGUCGGGACUGACGGGGGAGCAGGGGAUGGAGGGGCUACCAUGGUAACAGGAGGUGAAGCGUGUUCCACAUCACCUGGUAGAGCUGGAGGAGGAGGAGUAGGAGAAGUGGAAAUCGACUGCAGUGUAGCGGAUAAUGCUGAUAUGUUCAUUGCUCAAUCCACGUCGGAAGGUAUGGGGAGAAAUAAUGAUGGGGGAGAACAGAACGGAUCUUGGUUCAUCCAGGCCCUCUGUGAAGAGCUGAUCGCCAGUGCCCACGACCACCAUCUCGAUGACAUCAUGACAAAGGUAACGGACAGAGUGAAGCGCCAAGAGGGAUAUAUGGUCUACCAGCGACGACGACAGCUAACCCUGCAGACCCCGCAGAUUAUCAAGCAAGGGAUAGGAAAGAAGAUCUUCUUCCUACCAAAAUACCCGCCGCCAGCGGGAUAUUGA